AUUGUAAAAAAAAAAUUUAUUUUUACACACCUAAUGUCUGAAAUUAGUGAAGAAAAAAUUGUUAUUACGGAGGAAAGUGGUACUACUAGUAAAGAGACGAGAAAAGAACAAAGUGGAGUUGAAUUAAUAGAACAGAAGCAUGUUGAAAAUGUUGAAGCUCUUUCACCAGAGUUAGAAGAGUUGAUAAAAACUGAUCCUAGAAAGGGUUUAUCUACUGAUGAAGUUCAAAAACGUUUAGAACAAUUUGGUCGUAACGAACUUGCCGAA